AAGAAAAGAAAAUAAAUAUCGACUAUCCACCUAUCCAGUGAAAUAUAUUUUGGUGAGCUCGGUCAUCAAAUCACUCGAAAUUCAAGGAGAGAGAUGGUUACAAUAAAUUGUUGGAGAGGUGUACCCAAAAUCACAAUUACUAAGCCCAUUGUUUCUUCGCUCUUCUCCAAAAGGGGCUCUCUAGUAGUAACAGUGGCAGCAGCAUCAUUUUCCUCAAUGUCUUACGACAAGGAGCUCGCGGCUGCCAGGAAAGCAGCAUCUCUCGCUGCCCGGCUCUGCCAGAAGGUGCAAAAGGCAUUGUUGCAAUCAGAUGUCCAGUCAAAAUCAGAUAAAAGUCCUGUCACUGUGGCUGAUUACGGUUCACAAGCUCUGGUUAGUUUUGUGCUGGAGAGGGAACUUCCUUCUGAAUCAUUCUCAUUAGUGGCUGAGGAGGAUUCAGGAGAUCUUCGCAAGGAAAGUGGCCAGGAAACGCUACAGCGCAUAACAAAACUUGUGAAUGAUACUCUUGCUAGUGAUGGAUCAUUUAGCGUUCCUACUUUGACUGCAGAAGAUGUGCUUAGGGCCAUUGACUGUGGCAAAUCUGAAGGUGGUUCUCAUGGCCGGCAUUGGGUUUUGGAUCCAAUAGACGGUACUAAAGGAUUUCUAAGAGGAGACCAAUAUGCCAUAGCACUAGCAUUGCUAGAUGAAGGGAAAGUAGUUUUGGGCGUUCUGGCUUGUCCAAAUCUUCCUUUAGCAUCCAUUGGUGGUGAUAGUCGACAUUCUUCACAUGAUGAAGUUGGUUGCCUUUUCUUUGCCAAAGUUGGUGCAGGAACUUAUAUGCAGUCACUGGAUGGUUCUUCACCAAUAAAGGUGCAUGUCAGUACUACUGAAAAUCCAGAGGAAGCAUCAUUCUUUGAAUCCUUUGAAGCAGCACACUCCAUGCAUGACUUAUCUAGCUCCAUUGCAAAAAAACUAGGUGUCAAAGCACCGCCGGUUAGAAUCGACAGCCAGGCAAAGUAUGGGGCACUGUCCAGAGGAGAUGGAGCCAUAUAUCUGCGAUUCCCUCAUAAAGGAUACCGUGAGAAAAUUUGGGAUCAUGCUGCUGGGUACAUUGUUGUGACUGAAGCUGGAGGUGUGGCGGCAGAUGCUGCAGGGAACCCUUUGGACUUUUCUAAAGGGAGAUACCUUGAUCUUGACACAGGCAUAAUUGUUACCAAUCAGAAAUUGAUGCCAUCACUCUUGAAGGCAGUUAGAGAGUCCCUGGACGAGGGAACUUCAUCCUUGUGAUUUCUUUUGUCACAUGAUUCAGUCAUCUUCUCUGAGGAGUUCGAAUAACAACUCAAAUCGGUUUUACCUUUAUCCUACUAAGUGUAAAAUUUUUGUGAUUUGAUGUAAUCAAGUAUUUUGAUCAGAUCCUUAGCGAACUAACACUUGUCCAAAAAUAAAUAGUGAUCCCAAUUAUCCCUUC